CUCCUCAAAAGAAGAGCUAAAGCCGCGUAUAAGAUAUACUAGAAACAGAUGCAGAACCCAAGAAUUUGCUUUGGAUUCUUUGUCAUUAGACUUUCUACUUUCUCUGUCUCCCACCACCCUCACCACCUUCUCAUUUCACACUUCACUGUAUAGCCCAAUGCCGGCGCCUUUGCCCUUUCUUUGACUCUCACUCACCAUUGCCCUUCAAAAAUGAACUAAAGAUAAUGAUAAAGAAUCCCUCUUUUUUUCCAUGCUGGACUAGGAUACCCUUCAUCAGUGGGAACUAAGGACUUCAUUUUUGGCUUUUUGGUGUUCAAUAUUGAGCUUUUUAAUCCAGCCAUCAUCCAACCUAGCUUCAACUCCAGAAGGAGAUUGAGGUCAUUUUCGUAUGCAAACAAAAAAAGAAAGCUUUCUUCACUCUUCAGUCAAGUCCCUCAGCAAUCCCAACAAGAUAGAAAAAAAGAAGCAAAGAAAAAGGAAAAGAGUAGCAUUUCAGUACAAAUCAGAGAAUUCUCCUAGACCUUAGCAUCUCGAAUGGGAGCUCUUCAUGCCCUGGUUCUCUUCCUGAUUCUACUGCAAACACGCAACAUUAUGGCUGAUGAUGACGAGUUGAUGUCAUGGAAAUCUGCUACCGCAACAUACACCAAAGAAGCAGAAGGAUCAAUAAUCGUUGAGGGUGCUUGUGGUUAUGGGGACCUUCACAAGGCCAGCUAUGGCAAAUACAGUGCUGGACUUAGUACCAUGUUAUUCAACAGAGGAAGUACUUGUGGCGCAUGCUUUGAGGUCAGAUGUGUUGAUCACAUCUUGUUUUGUCUCCUCGGGAGCCCAUCUGUCGUUCUUACUGCCACAGAUUUCUGCCCUCCUAACUAUGGACUUUCAUCAGAUUAUGGUGGGUGGUGCAAUUUCCCUAAAGAACACUUUGAGAUGUCAGAGGCUGCAUUUGGUGAAAUUGCAGAUAAAAAAGCUGAUAUUGUCCCAGUUCAAUACAGGAGGGUGAAGUGUGUGCGAACAGGGGGGCUGAGAUUCACAGUGAGUGGAAGUGCUCACUUUUAUCAAGUCCUCGUGACCAAUGUGGGUUUGGAUGGUGAAGUCAUUGGUGUGAAAGUAAAGGGAUCGAAAACUGGAUGGAUACCAAUGGCAAGAAAUUGGGGCCAAAUCUGGCAAUGCAAUGCCAACCUCACAAAGCAGCCCCUGUCUUUCGAGGUGAUCACCAGCACUAGAAGAACACUCACAUCCUACAAUGUUGCUCCAGCAAACUGGCAGUUUGGUCAGACAUACGAAGGGAAACACUUCUAGUGUGGAAAGUUUUCCAACUUGAAUCUGGAGUCUACAAUCUACAGAUACAGAUAUGACUACUGGUUUUGAGUUUAUCUUAGUGAAGAUCUCUAUACAUGUUCACACAUGAAACUUAUUUUGGCUCGUGGUCAAGAAAGAUGCCAAAGUCUUAGAAGAAAGUUGAAAAAAUAGGAAUAUAAGGUCCCACUUUUUCUUUAUGACAAAACUGUCUAUCAAGCAUAAAUAUUCAUGAAAUGUAUAAUUAUUGGAAUUGGAAAGUAAAAGUAUGUAAGGAUAACCCCGCAUUAUCUGCUACUUGUAGUUAUCCUUCCUAUGAAUUAGGUUGCCUUAAGAAGUGGCUUCCUCAAUUUUGCUUCUAUGAAAAAGAUUGUUCAAUAGUA